AUGCAAAAAAAUUCAGGAGAUGAGGCUAAGGAAGUUAAUUAUAUAUAUGCAAACGAAUUGAGCUUUUUAAGACAGUAUCUCCAAGAAAGACCCAGUUCAUCUAGUUCAAUUCGUUCUACUGGGGGGAGGCCUGCAGCAUCUCGUGAAGAGGUUGAUAUGAUAGCGUCCGAAUGUAUUCCAGAGGACGAAGAGGAUGAUCUGAUCGACAUUGGAGGAAGUGAGGCAGGCAUUCGCCCUUUAUCAAAUGAUUCAGCCAGCUCUCGUACUCCAAAAAGACGUAGACGUGUUUCUGUUGACCCAGUGGAUGAAGCUCUUCUCAAGGCUUUGGAGGAAAAACCAAUUGAAGAUAGUUCGAUGCUUUAUGCCCGUUCUCUGGCAGAAUUUAUGCGUGGUUUGACAAGGAAGAAAGAAAUCGAAUUUCGACUUGAAAUUGAAAAAUUAAAACUUAAUUUUAUUGAAGAGUGA